AUGUCGUGGAAGCUCACAAAGAAACUGAAGGAAACGCACCUCGCGCCCCUAGCAAAUAGUUUCUCUCGCUCUUCAACGAUCACACCCGAGGCACCCAAGCCGCCAAACAGUCCUCUUGGCUCGUCAACUACCGUCAACGACCCCCAGGGUAUCGCCGCUUCCGAAGCCAAUUCCUCUCCUCCUGCCCCACCGCUCAAGCCCGGUAUCCUGAUCCUCACCUUCCAUGAAGGUCGUGGCUUCUCUCUGCCUGCCGGUGCCGAACAAAUCUUCCAACCUCGCCAUGGUGCCUCUCUGUCCAGUGGUAGUGGCUUCUCAGUAGCCGGUGCUCGCCCAGGCUCCGUAAGCAACUCAGCCUACGGCUCGUAUGCCCCUGGACGUCCUCAAUCCUCCCAAGGAGGUAUCAAUGCCGCCCCCUCGGUUCACGGCCGCUACUCUUCCAAGUACCUUCCCUACGCCCUCGUCGAUUUCGACAAGCAACAAGUCUUUGUCAACUCGGUCUCGGGUACACCAGAGAAGCCCGUUUGGGCUGGCGAGAACACACAGUACAAGUUCGAUGUCUCCCGUGUCUGCGAACUUAACCUUUCCAUCUACAUCAGAAAUCCCAAUGCCCCUCCCAACGCCGGUAGAAACGACGACAUUUUCCUAGGAACCUGCAGAAUCAACCCCCGCUUUGAAGAAGUUCACCCCUAUGAGGAAGAUCCCAAGCUGGGCAGAAAGGACAGAGAAAAGGCCGCUUUCGCUCACGCUGAGAAGGCAAAGACUCAAGGCCAGUCUGGUACUGAGUGGGUCGACCUCCAGUACGGAACUGGAUCAAUCAGAUGCGGCGUCAAAUUUGUCGAGAAUCGACAAAGGUCACUCAAGAUUGAGGACUUUGAACUGCUCAAGGUGGUUGGAAAGGGCAGUUUCGGAAAGGUCAUGCAAGUGCAGAAGCGCGACACUCGCCGAAUCUAUGCCCUCAAGACGAUCAGAAAAGCCCACAUCAUCUCGCGCUCCGAAGUUGCUCAUACUCUUGCCGAACGUUCGGUACUGGCUCAGAUCAACAACCCUUUCAUCGUUCCCAUGAAGUUCUCCUUCCAAUCCCCCGAGAAGCUCUACAUUGUGCUGGCCUUUGUCAACGGCGGCGAGCUCUUCCAUCACCUACAAAAAGAGCAACGCUUCGACAUAAACCGAUCUCGUUUCUAUGCUGCCGAGCUUUUGUGCGCGCUCGAGUGUCUACACGGCUUCAACGUCAUUUACAGAGACUUGAAGCCCGAGAACAUCUUGCUUGACUACACUGGUCACAUUGCUCUAUGCGAUUUCGGUCUGUGCAAGCUCGACAUGAAGGACGAGGACAAGACAAACACAUUCUGUGGUACGCCAGAGUAUCUAGCACCCGAGCUGCUUCACGGCACUGGUUACACCAAGACGGUCGACUGGUGGACACUUGGUGUUCUUCUCUACGAGAUGCUUACAGGUCUGCCGCCGUUCUACGACGAAAACACCAACGAUAUGUACCGCAAGAUUCUGGCAGAGCCCCUACACUUCCCCGGCCCUGAGAUUGUACCUCCUGCUGCACGCGACCUGUUGCAAAAGCUACUUGACAGAGACCCGACAAAAAGAUUGGGUGUCAACGGCGCAGCAGAGAUCAAGGCACAUCCCUUCUUCCACAGCAUCGACUGGAGAAAGCUCUUGGACCGCAAGUACGAGCCGAGCUUCAAGCCCAACGUGCUCGACGACAGAGACACUGCCAACUUCGAUCGCGAAUUCACAUCAGAAGCACCUACAGACUCGUACGUUGAGGGACCGAUGCUCUCAUCAACGAUGCAACAGCAGUUCGCCGGGUGGUCAUACAACCGCCCGGUCGAGGGAUUGGGCGAUGCAGGAGGCAGUAUCAAGGACCCAUCGUUCAUGACUCAGUGA